AAUAUAUAGAAAGACGUAGUGGCCUACAGGAGAAUUCCAGUCACUCUACAUGCUUCGUCUAUUCAAGAACCAUUUUAGAACUUGACGAUUCCCGAGUUGAUUUGAGACUCUUUAUGUACAUUGUCAGUUGUUUAGUAUUCAAUUCAGUGUCGGCUCGUGUGUUUUCUUUCUUAACACUUGCUUCUAAGUUAGUUAGAAACAUAAACAAUUAGCUGUGACCUUUUUGUUUUAUUAAACUGACCUCGGUGCGGCCACAGUACCAAGAUACGAAACUAGACAACAUUGUGCAGUAUAUCUCAGGACAUCAUUAAGUGUGACGUCAUCUGCUGCUGGACACGUGCUGUUAUAUAAAGGCAAACUUCGACACUGAGGUCACUACAAGAACUGAAGGUAUCUGAACUGAUUCUUAAAGAAUACAAAGAUUUUGUUGAAUAUUUUUCUACUUGGAUUACUUUCUGUGCACAUACGACAGAUCGAUCGUCACCAAUUAUACAACAAUAAGUUCCUGAUAUAUAUACAAUAAACUGGGACGAAUUACAGUUGAACAGACCGCCCCUUCCUAUACAAUCCGUGGUGGAAUUAAUGUCUUCCUUCGAAUGAUCAAGUAUCUUGGAAACAUUCAUAGAAGUUCUUCCCUGACUCCUUUUUAACAACACACAUCUUCAAAGUGACAAUGACAAAUUGCUGCUAGAUGACCGUUUGUCAAACCGGACCUUUUGAUCUAAUGCAAGGACCAUGUAGUUAAGAAGAAUGUCCACCCAAACGUCCAAGGGACAUGAAAUCCAGGCGGACAUAUUUCUUGAGGCUAUAACUCGCCAUCUGUCUCUUCUGUAUCAAAGAGUCAGUUUCAUGUUUAGCUCUCCGGUGUAGCUCGUCCAUUGUGUACAACUUGGGCGGUCACCACGUGACCGCCUUUUUUUUUUCUCUCUCUCUCUCAGUGGUGGAAAAUUAACUGAUUCCUCUUUUAGUCUAUAGAGAUCUAGUACAAAUCCAAAUUUAAUAGCUGUGGUGUAGGGGAAGAUGCUGUGGUGGAGGCAGGUGCUGGUGGGGUUGGUUCACACUCUACCAUUUCUGCUGGUGGCAGGAGAGCCAUUUUAUCAACGGAGAGAUCACUUAGAUCAGGCACAAUACAUGACGAUCACCAAUGAAAACGUUGUCAAAGACAGAACAGAUGCCGAGUUUGUAUUGUCCAAGUAUGGUUACCUGCGUUGUCAAGUAACCCGACGAAAAAGGGAAGCUACACACGAUUAUGAUAAGGACAGAAUGACACAUUAUAACAGCUUUCUGUCCGGACUCCUUGAAGAGGGUGGCGGCAAUACAUGCGACGAAAUAGAAGUUCAGAAAGCCAUACGUAAUUACCAAAGAACGUACAAUCUUCCUGAAACUGGAGAACUGGACGACGAAACCAAAUCUUUAAUGAGUACUUCUAGAUGUGGGAACAAAGACAGCUUAAAGGGGCAGGACAAGGCGAAAAGUGUUACAGAUUCACAGGCUACUCAAGAGCUAGAUCAGCUUGUAAGAGCAGAUACAAAAUCCACUAAAACUGCCACUGACGAUGACGACAACAGAACUGCGAUUAAAAGUCAAAGACUGGUGAAGCGAUCAUUACCAGCAGCGAAGAGUAAACUCUAUCGUCUGCUGGCUGGGGAAACUCCCAAAGCUCGCACUCUCGAAUCUCACAAAAAAUAUCUAGAAGAAUAUAUACAAAACCUUCGGGCCAAAGGCAAAGGCCAAAAACGACUUUUGCAUAAGUACACACGGGCAGAAAGGAAAAAACGUUCUGUUCAUGUCUGGUCCAAAAACAGCUUACCACUGGGAAAAUACCAAGGGGAAAACGGAGAACUUUUUAAUAAAGAUGUUGUUCGUUGGAGAUUACUAACGACUGGUUUCAGCACUAGAAUCCCAGUGGAAGACCAACGAGCAACCAUAGACUUGGCUUUUAGAAUGUGGAGUGAAGUGAUACCAUUACGUUUUACAGAGGAUACUAGCAGCGACAUCCACAACGUAGACAUUGAAAUAGCUUUCGGAAAAGGUUCACAUCAAAACUGCGAGCAUGAUUUUGAUGGUAAUGGCGGAGAGAUUGCUCAUUCUUGGAAUGCUGGCAACAUGCACUUUGACGAUGAGGAGAACUUUAAAUCCAUUCGCUCCUACAGUCACGAUGGAAUCUAUCUGCUGCGUGUGGCCGUACAUGAGAUAGGUCAUGUUUUGGGUCUCUCACACACUAACAAAUCCCACUCUAUCAUGUAUGCUAUUUACCACGCAGAGGAACUGACUCCAGAGUUUGAACUGGCCCGGGAUGAUCGGCACGAAAUACAAAAUAUCUAUGGUGUCUGCAAAGGUAAAUUCGACACGGCCUUUGACUGGGUGCGCAAAAGGGACAACCAACUCAUUUACAACACAUAUUUCUUCCGUGACAACCACUAUUGGAUGUAUGAGAACCAUGCCAAUAGAACUCGCUAUGGUGAUCCACUUUACAUUGCUCGAGAAUGGAAUGGUGUACCCAACAACUUAGAUGGCUAUGCUCAUGUCCUUCUUUACAAUGGUCAGGACUUUAUACCUGAUGCUUUCUUCUUCAAAGGUGAAUACUAUUACAAAUAUAACAGUGAUAAAGACAGUGUUGUAGAAGGGUGGCCCAGACUUAUCAAAGAUGACUUUGGACCCAAAGCUGGAGAAACUGAAAGCAUACCUGACAACAUUGACAGUGUCUUUUUUGACUUACGGGAUAGAAACCUGUAUUUCUUUAAAAAUGAUGAGGUUUACGUCUACAAUCCAACAGCUACAGACAAUGAAAAGGGAUGUUGUGUUCGCAAAAGAAAAAUAAUUGAAGAAUUUCCACCUGCAGAAGGUCACAAUCCCUUGCCCAGCAACUUGGAUGUUGUGUAUUAUUCCUAUAAAGACAAAAUGAUGUACUUUUUCAAAGGAGAAGAUCUCUGGAGAAAUAAAUUAUUUGACCCUAGGCAAAGAAGAACUGUAAAUAGUAUUGAGUAUGUGGGACCUUGGUAUCACAAAUGGAAGGACGUUUGUGAUGUUAAUAUUAUGAACAAACACUGACCAAUGCCAUUUGUCAUCAUAUAUUUAAUUCUUUGUUGUUAUCUCUAUUGCUUGUGCAGAGCACAUUCUCUUACGAAUGGUCCUAGACAAACUUUAUAUCUAUAUAGAUGACUAGGAGCUCCCUUGUACAGAUAUAGCAUGCACUGACAAUGACAAGAUCAUAAAUGUGAACACAGUGAUCAUUUAAUGAGGUUGUUAAAAAAAAAAAAACCUGUCCAGUAGGACACAAAAGACCAGGUUAUGAGUGAAUUUUCAAAAUGUGUAGUGUAACAAUAAUGACUUGCCAUAGAUCAAGCCAUGCUACAUUAGACAUUACUCUGCUGGUAGUUUACAGAACUACUUAAAAACCUUAAGAUCGGGAUUGCAUUUGUCAUACAUCGCUAACCAUAAAGGGCCUGAGCAACAUAAUUUUUAUAAGAAUAGCUAUAGAACUUGUGUUUCUAUCUCUGUAUGCUACAGUCCUGCCCAUGUAUAGAUACCAACAUAUCAGCUGCAGUGAUUUAUCAAGGCCAUGUAAAGAUGAAAGACACAUUAUAACCUGUAUGUUGGCAUAUUUUGUGAUAUUUGAAUAUUCUUGUUAUAAAUGUUUUUAUGUUAUAAUAAAAAUUAGACCACUUGUGGAUACCCAGUUUUGUCUGGCUGGUAUCGAAUGUUAUCGUUUUAAAGAUAACACAUUUAUCAUGAGGUGGAUCAUCUCCUCUUAGGCCAGUGAUGUGAUUAUAAAUUGGUCAUUAUGUUUUAUAUUUUGUAAAUCUGUUUCACAAAAUCAUUCAUCUCAUUACAUCUCUUUUGAAUAUCAUUGUCAUUGAAAAAAAAAAAGAAAAAAAAAAAGAAAAGAAAAAAGAAAUAAUUUUUGUACUUUUAUACUGGGAAAAAAAAAUACCACCAACACAUCAAUUCAUCAUUGGAGUUGUUUGCAUAAUAAAAAAAUAUUGUGUAACAAAGUCAUUCUACCGAUAGAAAAAAUAGUAAUAAAAUUGUGACAGUAUACUAUUUAAUUCUGUGUUUCUUUUAAAGUAUGCUUUAACUAAUAAGUGUACAGUUAUUCUUAGUAUAGCUGUUUGCUAACUCAUUUAGUCAUUUGAUGCCUUUAAGAGUUAGUUUUGCCAAUAAAUACUUCUGUUGCUGGUUAUAUUUUUGUAUGUUUUAUAUCCAAGUGUUUGCCAUAAUUUAUUUUUUUUUUAAAUAUUGCAAUUUGUUUUUAUCGCAUGUAUAUGCAAAUAAAAUUUAAAUAUCCUUUAAAAAUGUGAAAAACUUUCAACUUUCCACAAGGUGUGUGCUUUAAAAUAAAUUUGGCAAACAGUGGUUUAUUUUUAAAAUUUUAAGAAUGUGUCUUUAUGUUGUCUGUACUAUAUUGGUUUGUCACCUGCAUUUAAUUACUAUUUAAAUUAAAGAAUGAUUUGGUUGUUGAUAAUAUCAUUUCUCAAUACACAUUAAAUGUCAAUUUUUUUUUAUUGGCACAUACAAUUUUGGUCAAACAUUCCCUAAGUCUACAGUUUUAUUAUACACAAUUGUUGCUAUUUUAUACACACAAUUAUUGCACAGAAUCUGCUGUUAAGCUGGCCACCUUUCAGAUUAACUAAAUAAUGAAAUCAAUAAUGCAGACUACUCAAUGGGAUAAAUAUUAUAUAUAUAUAAAAUAAUUUAGAAAAUUUUAUAUCUGGAGUUGGCUGUAAGCUGACAUUUUAAAGUUCUACUUCAGUAACAUUGAAAUAGAUUCAGAAAAAAAAUGUGUGGCGUCUUGGAAAAGAUUAUUUAGUCCUAAUGAGAUAUCCUAACCCUUCACGAUUAUGUCUAUUGACAUGUGUUCAAACAAAACAUAUAUUGUGCAGAAAGGGCUAACUGCUUUGUUGAUGAUCCUUUAAACUCUAAACUAACAAACACUCCUAGCUAAUUUUAAAAUAUGUAUGAGAGUACCUUUAUCCUAGUAAAUAUCUAAAGCCCUGAAAACAUCUGAAACAAAUCUUGAUGCUGACAUGAAUGUACAUUUACUUCAAGCGAUACUCUUACUGACCUCAUUAAGACUUUCUGGAGUACUUUGUGUACAUUUUUAUUGAUACAUUAAAUGCAAUUUUAUUUUUGCACUUGUGUAUUAAGCUAUUUAUUUAUCAUUUUUUGGUAUAGAAUCAAUUUUUUUUUCUUGUACAUAGAGUGCAAUAUUGGCGUGACAUUGACAAUUGUUAUUGUUGCAGUUGUUUUCACUUACUAAUUUUUUUUUGUUUCUAUAUUUGCAAAUGAAACAGUAUGUUAUGUUAAUGGGUUUUUUUUUGUUUUGUUUUUUAUUCUUAUUGACAGUUUUUCACCUUGAUGAUUUAAAAAAAAUAGGAUUCCAUAUACAUAGCCUUUAAAAUUGGGGAGAAAUAUAUAUUUUUUUAAAUUUCUCAUUUGUGAUAGAGGAAAACUAAAACUGGUUUAUUUUAAUGCCCAACUUUACUGCACCUUAUGUGUAUAACAGAAUCAGAACAAACACUAUAUUUCAAAUCUAGCUUUUAGCUAAAAGUCAAAAUUGCUCCUUUUUUUUCUUCCCAAAUAAGAUAAACAGACAGUUUUAAUAUGCAUCAUAUUCAAAGCUGGUAAUUGAAUGCAAAUGGGGAUAUGGUGUUGAAAGCAUAUUAGGAAUUAUUUUAAUUUGACAUGUACUAGUCAUGAAAUUCAAAUCAUUAAUGAAAUAUUUCAAACAUAAAGCACAACAUACAAAGUAAAAAGUGCAUAAGAGUUGUAUAACAUACAAUUUAUGUUAGUACAAUAGUUUAUUAUUAGUAGUAUGUGGGAAUGUAGACUGAAAUGGCUUGUUAUGUUUAAUGUGCUAUGCCUGAAUGAACAAUAGUUAUAUUUCAUUCUAAUAUUUUAUUUAUUGAUAGGCCUCUUAUAUUUCCAAUGUUUCUUUGAACUUAGAUGGUUGCUUUUAUAUGAAGUUAUACAAUUUUGAUAUUGAACAUUGUUAUUUUUAAGUGUUGGCUAGGUUUUUUUUUUCUAAAUACUUGUGUGUACAUUUGAAAUAAUGAUAUUUAUUGCUAUCAUCUUCA